GGGGCGGAGCCGCUCGGAGCUGUGCGGGACCGGGAGGGAGCCGCGAGCGGAGCGGAGCCGCCCCUGGCAGCUCAGGGCUUUGGUGCCCUCUCUGCCCCACAUCCCCUGCGGGCACCUUCGGCCAUGCUGGGGGCACUGCUGCCCUUCAGCCUCCUCCUCCUCCUCCUCCUCCUGCUGCUGCCCCCGGGGGGCUCAGCUCAGACCUUCCCCCAGGACCUGGUGCCACGCAGCACCGUGGGGCUGGCAGCCACUGCCUCCUACCCCUGCUUCAGAGGCCUGCGUGGGGACAGGCUCAGUGCCCAGCUGGGCCUGGGCAUCCAGCGCAUGCUGAGCCUCAACCACAGCCUGCUGCUGGCUGCCAGGGACCACAUUUACUCCUUCGACCUGGGGCAGGACCCACGGACGCUGUACCCCACGCGGCAUCUCACCUGGGAGAGCCGCGGCAGGGAGAACUGUGCCAUGCGUGGGCGGCGCCAGGAUGAGUGCCACAACUACAUCCGGGUGCUGGUGCCCCGCGACGCUGGCACCCUGCUGGCCUGUGGCACCAACGCCUUCAGCCCCCUCUGCCGCUUCUACCAGGUGAGCAGCCUGGCACAGGAGGGCGAGGAGCUGAGCGGGCAGGCGAGGUGCCCCUUCGACGCCAAGCAGAGCAUCGUCGCCCUCUUCGUAGAUGGCAGCCUCUACUCUGCCACCGUGGCUGACUUCCAGGCCAGCGACUCAGUCAUCUACCGCAGCCUGAGCCCCGGGCGGCAGCCGCUGCGCAGCCUCAAGUACAGCUCCCGCUGGCUGCAGG